AUGGCCUAUGACCGCUUUGUGGCCAUCUGCAACCCUCUGCUUUACACCGUGGCCAUGUCCCAGAAGCCCUGUGCCAUGCUGGUGGUUGGAUCAUAUGCAUGGGGGGUAGCAUGUUCCCUGAUACUUACAUGCUCUGCUAUCCAAUUGUCUUUCCAGGGUUUCAACACAAUCAAUCACUUCUUCUGUGAGUUCUCUGCAUUGCUCUCCCUGUCUUGUUCUGAUAUUUACAUCAAUCAGUUGCUUCUUCUCAUUUUUGCCACCUUUAAUGAGGUUAGUACACUGGCCAUCAUUCUCACAUCUUAUGUAUUUAUCAUUGCCACCAUCCUCAAGAUGCAUUCAGCCAGUGGUCGCCACAAAGCCUUCUCCACCUGUGCCUCCCACCUGACUGCCAUCACCAUCUUCCACGGGACCAUUCUCUUCCUCUACUGUGUUCCUAACUCCAAAAACUCCAGGCACACAGUCAAAGUGGCAUCUGUGUUUUACACAGUGGUGAUCCCUAUGCUGAAUCCCUUGAUCUAUAGUCUGAGAAAUAAGGAUGUCAAGGACACAGUCAGCAAGAUAAUGAGUACUAAAGUCUUUUCUUUUGGAGCAUGUUAUUUGAGUAGAAUUUGUCCAUGA